AUUGACACAUUAUCCCGUCCAGCUCCUGGUCUACAUACCUUUGACACACCGCGCACACGGGGCCACCAACAUGUCAUCAGGAUAUGGGCUAGCUGGAGGUCCUUCACGCUGCUUUCCCUUCUGGCAAGAGGUGCUGGCAUGCUACGUUGUAAACGCAUCAUCCGAAGACAGCUCGGGGAAGAAGAAGUGCCAGCCUGUACUGGAGGAUUAUUACGAAUGCCUACAUCAUCGGAAAGAGGCUGUGAAAGUCGCUGCCUUGCAGGCCGCAUACCGUAAACGCGAAGCUGCCACGCCCCGCGACGAUGCACCCAGUGCUGGCCAAAUACGCGGUCUGGGACUAUUAGAUGCGAGUAGGGAGGAGAGACAUGUGAGAGCGGCAUCGCUUCUGCCCGGUGCUGAGAGCAAUCUGCCUACUGGAGCCAAGUAGGUGGGGAUAUGUUGGCUGGGACGAGACGAGGCGGAGUGGGGGAGGGAGAGGAAGAAGGGGGAGUUUGAGAGACGCAUGGGGUAUAAACACAUAUGCAUGGGUCAUGAGCCAGAGAGUCGGAUCUCUCACGAGCUCAUAGACAAAAGUCGGACUUGCAUGGGAAUCAGAUUCUAUGGGAGUGGUAUGGCCGACACUUCUAGCUGUCCUGCAGCACGUCUUGGAGCCGCCCAUCGGGAGUGAAGUGGAAAGGUGCAUAGCUCUGGUACCGAUCACCUCUUCUAUCCUCCACAAUCUCCAGUACACUUACUUCAUUUCUGUCUUGACUCUGUGCUCCAGCAGGUCCUUCUCCCUUCUUCUUCAUCAUCUUCUUCUGACUAUCCGCUCCCACAAAAGGCCUAUGCAGGUAGAAAUGCACAUCCACCAGAAAUCCAAUGCCAUAUCCCACAGCAGGUUUCAUCACACACGACUUGAACGCGCUCAACGUCUCGUCUUCGGCAACAGAUCGGAAUCCUGCUUCCCCCAGCACGAUCGUGAACAGUUGAUGCCGCUUCGUGAGAUCAGCGAUUGAACGCAUCAACGACGUCAGCAGGGCUUGUCCUUGGAUGUAGUUGUUUCUGAUGAUGGGCGUCAGGAUUUGUGAGAUUGAAUUAA